UCAACACUAUUCCUUCUUCGAUCUCUGUUGUUUGGGAUUGUGGAAUUCGAAGAUCGGAUCGACCGCUCUCUCACGUCUCUCGCCAUAACCAAUGCAAUAGUGGUACUGGUCUCUAAUCCAAACGUCGUCGUUUUUACUAACGGAAUUUGUUGCAGGUGCACUGUUGUAUGGACGUAGAUGACACCGGCGAGGAGGAAAGAGAUCAAGACUGUGAUCUAAACGAGUAUCGUAGAUAAUCUUCCGAUGAGAUUUGGAGGCCUCAGAGUUUCUUGCACCUCACGAAGUCGGUGAAGUGCGAGAGAGAGGAACAACACGAAGAACUAGUUGUUCACGCCUAAUUCUACUGGUUCUUGCUUGUGCUAAAUUACACGUUAGUUGCGGCAUCACUCUACAUCUCUCUAAUACAAGAAGAUAAAUUAGGCUACAGGGCAGAUCGAUAAAACAAUGUCUUCCUCUAAUUCACCUUGUGCGGCUUGCAAGUUUUUGAGGCGAAAGUGUGCUCAAGAGUGCGUUUUCGCUCCCUAUUUCCCCUCCGAUGAUCCGCAGAAAUUCGCGAGUGUUCACAAGGUGUUUGGUGCAAGUAACGUCGCAAAACUGCUUAAUGAACUCAAUGUGGCGCAGCGUAAAGAUGCGGUGGAGUCAUUGGCGUAUGAAGCUGAAGCGCGUCUUCGAGAUCCAGUUUAUGGAUGUGUGGGAUUAAUCUCGGUCCUCCAACACAAACUUAGGCAAGUGCAGAGUGAUCUCUUCAAUGCUAAGAAAGAACUUGUAACCUAUAUAGGUCCCCAGGCAAUGCUUCCUAUGAUACAACCUACACAUGCUUUUAUGCCACAACAACAUUUAGGCAAUCCAUCUUCGUCGAACAAUUUAAUGAAUGCUAUGAAUGCGCCCAUGAUGGGGAUUUCUACUGCUCAAACACAUGGUGCUCCGUUGGUGAUUAGGGAGCCUCAACAUCAACAUCAGCAUUCGCAUCCACAACAGCAACAGCAGAUGUAUGAAGCUCAACAAUUGGCGGCAGUGGUUGCAGCAAGAGAGCAGGAGAUGUUGAGGGUUUAUGAGGCGCAACAACAGCAGCAUCAGCAACAGGAACAAGACCAGGAACUUAUUGGCUUUAAUCAAAGUGGGUUUGAUGGUGCAGCAGGUUCAGUCACCGCCACCGGCUUUAAUCAGAUGAAUUCCGCCACCAUGUCUCCUUGUCUGGCUCUAGGGACAUUUGAUAAUCAGUAUCAGAUUCAGCCGCGGCAGCAAGAGCAUCAGCACCUUCCACUCGAAGAACAACUAUUGUUUCAGACACCACAGCCUCCUCAGACCCAACAACAACCACCACAACAAACACUACAACCACCGCAACAACAGAGGUCUGGAAGCGAUGAGGGUAGGAAUGGUGGACUGCCUUGAAAUACUAUUACAGCUAAUUUGCCCUUCUUACAACCUCCACUGAAGCAAAAUUUUCUAUUCUAGGCUAUGGAAUCACAAGCACAUGAAUACUUAUGUUAGUGAUUCACAGAGUUUGCACUCUAACGUAGAAACUACUCCAUCUCAAGGUGGAGUUGUAUCCAAUGCGAAGAAGACUCUGCAGGGAUGAAAGUUUACCGUAGAAGAAAACCAUGUUCUGGUGGUCCGCUUGGCUUAAUACAAGUCCAGAUCCAAUUCAGGGGACUGACUGACAAAUAGAAAAGACAUUCUGGAGUCGGAUUACAUUUUUCUACAAUGAGCACAGGGAGACAGAAGUACAAUUUGCUUAUCGAAAGAUCUCUAAAUAGUCAAUGGUCAAGUAUUCGAGUGCAGUGAAUAAGUUUAUUGGUUUUGUAACACAGGUUGAGGCAUUAAAUCCUUGGAAUAUAUUAUUUGCGAUUGUAUUAUUCUAGGGGAUAAAA